AUGGCAACCGAAGUAGCAGCCCGCGCCUUCUUCGCUGCGCCCUACUUCGCAGUCGUAGGCGCAUCCUCCGACCCCACGAAAUUCGGACACAAGAUAUUCGCCUGGUAUACUCACCACGCUCUCCCGGCAACGCCAAUUAACCCCUCAUCCACCAGCAUCUCCAUCGCCUCACAAUCCUACCCCACACUCGCCUCCCUCUCUCUCCUGCCCCACCCAACCGAAACAUCUGUCUCCAUUAUCACACCCCCGAAAGUCACGAAGAAGGUACUAGAGGAAGCGAAGAAACUGGGGAUUAAAGGCGUUUGGUUGCAGCCGGGCAGUUUCGAUGAUGAGAUUCUGAAGGAUAUGCUGGACGGGUGGAAGGAGACGGGCGUUGGGGGCGAUGGGGGGAGGGGUGGAGAGGGCUGGUGUGUGCUUGUUGAUGGGGAGAGGGUGGCAAAGGCUGCGGGGGUGCAUAAGUUGUGA